AUGAUUACGCCCCUUGUGCACAGUGGUCUAGCUAAAAGUCUAGACAGACCAAGAAAUGUGUAUAGAGUAACAUUCGAAAAUAUAAAAGUUUUACGUGAACAUGUAAAUCGAAUAGCUGAUGGUAGUUACUUUGAAUAUAGUCAAAGUCCAAAAGGUUUAAAAUUCAAAAUAGCAGGUGACAAUGAUGAACAGCUAAGACAAGCUGCUGAAGAUGACGAAGUUAAAGAUCCAAAGGAAGUUCUUGUCGAAAUUGAUCCUAAUGAUAUUGCUGAAAUUAUUCAAAGUGUUCCAGACGAAGAAACGAUUACAUAA